AGACAACGCUACCUCCACACAGACGAUUACUACACAACAAAAUGAAGUUCUCCUCUAUCGUUGUCUCGUUCACCGCGCUCCUCGUACCCACGGUCUUUGCUCAGACCACGGUCACCGUUUCUUACGACCAGACGUACGACACGGGCUCUCAGUCGCUCAACACCGUCGCUUGCUCAGAUGGCCCCAACGGUCUCGAGAGCAAGGGCUAUACCACGUUUGACUCCCUCCCCGACUUCCCGUACAUCGGAGGCGCGGCAGCUGUGGGCGGGUGGGACUCUGCUGAAUGCGGGACUUGUUGGGCGCUGACAUACGACGGCAUUACCAUCAACGUGCUCGCCAUCGACUCCACCUUGUCGGGAUUCAACAUCGCGUUGACGGCGAUGAAUGCACUCACAGAUAACCAAGCGGAGUUCCUCGGCAGAGUGGACGCUUCGGCAGUGCAGGUCGACGCAUCAGUGUGCGGCUUGUAGUGCAGCUUGGGAUGCUCUUGCCGAGGGAACAUGUGCAACGGUGUCAUGGGCAAUGUCGAUAUGCGAUCGCACGGACUAUAACAACGGACUUUGCACGUGUUGUUGGACGUUCUGGAACUUAAUGGACUCAGAAGGACUCGUAGGGUUGAUUGUUUUCACAUGUACCUGUUCACAACAAGCAUUGGACGAGCGAUUGGCCUUGUUGGUG